AUGCCUUCAUACUCGACACCCUCGUCUUCUCCUCCGCCGACGCCCUCCAACCGGCGCUUACGGUCAUGCGCCCGAAAAUGUGAACGUGGAUGCUGUGCGGUCGCCACCUAUUUCCCCCUCGCGUUCGUCUACAGUCUGUCAACAUGGGCGGUGUGGGUAGUGGCAUCAAUAGGCUUUGGAAAAAGCCGGUCCAGACAUGUGUGGUGGCUGAUCGAGGGCAUUUGCGCGCUCGGGAUUCUGCUCUACGGCCUGGCGAAUCUGUCAUAUACCGUUGCGGUCUUUACGGACCCUGGAUCACCGACGCAACCCUCCUCGUCAAGGGGCGCAUGGAGAAAAAAGGGAGGGAGAAAAGGACAAACACUGGCACAGGGAACCUAUUCCAUCCUCCCGACCACCGAGCCCUCCGCGACCGACUUGAGUGAUGUGCAACCCAUCACCGUGUCGUCGACCGGAGCGCCCAGGUACUGCAAGAAAUGCCAUACCCCGAAGCCAGACCGGACGCAUCACUGCUCGACCUGCGGCCGAUGCGUGUUGAAGAUGGACCACCACUGUCCGUGGCUAUCCACCUGCGUCGGACUGCACAACUACAAGGCCUUCGUGUUGUUUCUGAUCUACAUAUCGCUCUUCAGCUGGGCCUGUUUCGCCAGUUCGGCCUGGUGGAUGUGGAAGGAACUGUUCGAGGAGAGUGGAUAUUUGGAUGACCUGGCGCCCGUGAACAUUAUUCUUCUGGCUGUCAUCGCCGGAAUCAUGGGUUUGGUGCUGACCGGGUUCACGGGCUGGCAUAUCUACCUCUGCGUCAAAGGACAGACCACGAUCGAGAAACUCGAGAAGACGAGGUAUCUCAGCGGCGUCAGGAAGCGCGUGGAGCGCAAUCGACAGGAGCAACGGUUGAAUUCUCACAGAGGUAGUGCUGAAGGAGUCGCCGAGAGACUACAACGCGCUGGCGAGCAGAUUCUCGAGUUCCAUGCCAACGCUGUCCCCGGUGCUUCACGAUUCGAAGAAGGCGAAGAACACACUUCGCCUGUGCCGAGUGCCUAUAACACCAUCCGUCAUCCUCAGCAGCAUUCUGACGCCUAUAUCGACGAUCAUCAUUAUAACAGUGGUGGCGGUGAGCAGCGAAAUCAUGAAACACCAGCCCUUCAAGCCCUGCGGCGGACUUACUCCAACAUGGAAGCCGAACGAGAAAGAACUCGGUAUGCCGAAUACCUCGAUGAUCGAGACUCCGAAACACUGCCCAACGCUUUCGACUUGGGCUGGCGCCGGAACUUGACUCAUCUCUUUGGCCCACAGCCGUAUCUGUGGUGGCUGCCAGUAUGCAACACCACAGGCGACGGCUGGCGGUGGGAAGUCAGUGAAAAAUGGAUGAUUGCACAGGAAGAAGCCAGUAAGCGGAAAGAAGAGAGACUCGCAGCCGUGGCGGAUCCCAACAAUGGCAAUGGCCAUGGUCUGACAGGGAUCCGAGGCGGCGGCGGCUACAGUGACAGUGCUCCUCGACAUUACUACUCGCAGUACGAAACGGACCGGGAACGCGAGUACGACUAUCCUCGUGACCACGAUACCUUGGAACAGGACGGCUAUUUUUACGGCGACGAGAACGACAAUACGCCUCGAAACUAUUCUGGCAUAGGAGGCGUCUAUUCUCAAAACGCAAUGUCCUUGCAACACCUUCCGAAUCAGAAGAACCAUACGCGCAAUCCUCCAGUAGAACGCGGACGUGGUCGUGGUCGUGGUCGGAGGAGGCAGAGACGAAAUCCCUCCGAGGUGACUCGAUCUGGUGGUACCAACCAUGCCAGAGCAGUGCACCGCAAUGGGAGUGGGAGUAGUAGCAGCAGUAGCGAUGACAGCGACGACGACGGUGACGACAGCGGCAGCGGCAGCGGCAGCAAUGACUUGAGAUAG